AUGUCUCCGGCAGCAGAAGAACAGGCCGCUUCGCCUCGGGGUCGUUGUUUUACUGUUGUCUCGAUAGAUCUUGGCACAACGUACUCUGGGAUGGCAUAUGCCCGUCCCGGAAACUUGAUGCCGAUUGUUGUCCGGGACUGGCCUUUAGAGAGCUCGGGAUCUUUUGGGAGGGAAGCAAGAGUACCAACAGCUCUUAACAUCUCAAAUUCUACCGUCCAUUGGGACACGCCGGCUUUUCUUGACGCACUCGACAUGGCUGGCAGGUUUGGGAAGGCAGGCAAAGAUCUAGCCUGCAUUUACCUUCACCACCUCUGGCAGCACUUCCUAAACUUUGCCCAGCUAGGGGCAUAUGAGAAGCAACAGAUGCGAAUUGUAGUGACGCUACCAGCUGGUUGGCCUGAUGCAAUAUGUGUGAAAGUGAAGGAUGUCCUUGAUCAGGCAGGCAUCCUGGGCAGUGUACCUAGCUAUGAUCUCCAAUUUCUACGAGAACCUCAAGCCGUAGCUCUGGCUAUGGUAUAUGAUGCCAAAGAUGAUUCGCUUUUGGCGGCUGAUGACGUUGUCAUUGUGUGUGAUUGUGGUGGCGGUACUGUGGAUUGCAUUGCAUACGAAGUUACCUCAGCAGUACCGCUCUGCUUUCGGGAGAUGCUGCCGUGCGAGGCCCAAUAUUCCGGUGCCCCAUUGAUGAAGAAUGGCUUCGUUGAACUUUUGAAGACGAAGAUGGCGGAUACCCUGGGUAUCCAAGACCCCACAGCCAUCCCGACAGCAGAGCUGCAGAAGAUAGCUCACGCAAGCUGGGAGAUGGAAAUUAUGAGGAAUUUUACUGGACGUGAGGCAUCUUUCAAAGUCAGGAUCCCUCGAAGCAUGUCGACGGACGGAAAAGGAGACCACUCCGUUCAGUUCUACGGAGAGGAUAUUAUCAAAUUAAUGGAUAGCGCAAUUCAGAAUAUCUACAAUCUAAUCUUGACACAGUACCGCUCUGUGUUGACAAAGACUGGGGACACACGGAAAGUGAAAUAUGUCUUUCUUUCGGGCGGGUUUAGUGGAUGCCCUUAUCUACGCGCUUAUUUGGAAGAAAAGAUCCCCGAGAAUAUCAAAGGCCAUCCUAUUACGACCGGAUAUUGCAUUCGACUCCAUCCCGAAGACUUCUUUACCAUCUCCUCCACGGCCGUGGAUGGUGGGCCAGCUCUACGACAGCUGCAGCUGAACAUACUCCGCCUCUCCCAAGGCGAGGCGAAUAGUAGGGCAUGUGAGAUCACGUUCUCCCCUAACGUUCUGGACCCGGAGCUGGAGAUGAUGGUGGACGGCGACUCGCUGAAAUUUGGUAUCAGGUCUAAUGCCUGCACCGCUCACUCCUCCAUGCUUCAGCUUCACGAGCAAUCCGUCAAGGGCAACGAGCUGCUCUCCAACCCCAAUCUCCGAAGUCCUGGCAAGCUUCCAGUUGUCGCAUUGGAGUCCACCAUUUACACCCACGGCGCACUCGGCCAGGAUCUUGAACUCGAGAGGAUUGUCCGGGAAAAUGGAGGCAUCCCUGCCGUCGUCGGUAUCUUGGAUGGCGUGCCAACUGUCGGUCUGACUCCCGAGGAGAUAGAUCGGAUGGUCAACGAGGGCAAACCCGUCAAGGCAUCGAGGAGGGACAUCGCGUAUCUAGCUGGAAAGGGUCUAUUAAGUCGAGGCAUUCAUGGCGGCACUACCAUCGCGGGAACCAUGCUUCUCGCGAGAAUCGCCGGCAUCCGGGUUUUUGGUACUGGUGGGCUUGGAGGCGUCCAUCGAGGUGGCCAGGACUCCCUUGACAUCUCUGCCGACCUCACAGAACUUGGAAGGACACGAGUGGCUGUGGUGAGCAGCGGCUGCAAGGGGUUUUUGGACAUCCCGCGUACCCUGGAAUACCUCGAGACGCAGGGAACCUUGGUCGCCACCUUUGCAGACGGUCGCGAGGGCAAUUUCGACUUCCCCGCUUUUUGGGCCCGCGAGAGCGGCACGAAAAGCCCUGCCGUGGUCCGGGAUGAGAAAGAGGCGGCUGCGAUAAUUUUAGCCCAGGAAAGGCUUGGGAUCGAGUCCGGGCUCCUAUUCGCGAAUCCGAUCGCAGAGGAACAUGCCAUCCCAAGUGUUGAGAUGGCAGCGGCCAUUGAGACGGCCGUACGGGAAGCUUCGGAAAAGGGCUAUACCGGAAGCACUAAUACGCCUUUCGUGUUAUCUCGGAUACGGGACCUGACGGGCGGAAAGAGUGUCGAAGCCAAUGUUGCUCUUGUUCAGGCAAAUGUAGCGAGGGCUGCCAAGAUCGCAUCGGAGCUAUCCAAGCUCACGCGAGUAGGGUCGGAGACGUCGACCUUUAAGACACACCCUCUGCCGGCAUCCUCCUCUACGAAGAAUGCCCAUGGCGAGAGUAAGAAGCUUGGGAAAGCAGAUAUUCUGGUAGCUGGUGCGGUCGCCAUCGACCUGAACUGCGAUUAUCUUGCUCAGCCAGGUUCCAGCACCGAAUCUGGCCAGAAGGAUGUAAUGCCGAAAUUGCAUACAUCGAAUCCUUCACGAAUUAAUCAGUCUGUUGGUGGCGUAGGCCACAAUGUUGCCUUGGCUGCCCACCGAGUGAGCGGUGAUUCAAGAGUCAGGCUUUGCAGCAUGGUUGGUGAUGACGUGGCUGGCAUGACGGUUUUAUCAGGUCUUCAAGCCUGCGGCCUUGACACCAGCUAUGUUCGAAAGCUUUCGGCCGACUACCAUUCUUCUAGCCGCACAGCGCAAUACGUCGCCGUCAAUGACGCCCAGAAGAACCUGGUCAUGGCCAUGGCCGACAUGGGCAUCUUUACACAUCACUCAUUCCCUGAGUAUUGGAAGUCAGCCGUGGCCGGCGCUAGGCCUCAAUGGCUUGUAGUCGAUGGUAACUGGAGCGAGAAGGACAUUCGAGCAUGGAUCCAAGCGGCCAGGGAUCACCAGUGCUCGGUGGCGUUCGAGCCAGUCUCCACGGCGAAGGCGACCAGGCUAUUCUGCCCGGAGCGAGACUUUUCAAACCUGCGCGUUUAUCCCAAUGCGGCGAUUGACAUUGCGACGCCGAAUCACUUUGAGCUUCUCUCCAUGUUCAACGCCGCGAGGGAGAACGGCUACUUCGACAACCCAGCAUGGUUUAGCGUCAUCGACGCGUUUGGCAUGCGCGGCGCGCGGGAGCGGUUCGUGACCCUGACGUCGGCCGAGAUGACCGACGCGGGUAUUCCCGUCCAGAGCGUCCAGCUUCUCCCGUACAUCCCCACGGUCAUUACAAAGAUGGGGCCCAAGGGAGUUCUCCUCACUACCAUCUUGCACAAGGACGACCCUCGUCUACGGGAUCCCGAUUCUGAACGGUAUAUCCUUACAAGGAGCUCCGGUGACCAUCCGCACGUUGGCGGUAUCUACAUGAGACUAUUCCCGGCCGCUGAAGAAGUGCAAGAUAUCGUAUCGGUCAACGGCGUCGGGGACACGUUCCUCGGAGUCCUGGUGGCCGGACUGGCCAAGGGGGGCAAGGUCGAGAAUCUGAUUGACGUGGCGCAGAAGGCGGCCAUUCUCACGUUGAAGAGCAGGGAGGCCCCAGCGCGGGGUCAGAGGGAGCAGAACUACCACGCCAAGCCUGUGUUCGCAGCGCGGACUUCAACAGUUCUUCAAUUGAUCCCAUCUCCAACGCGUGGACUCGACGACACGCGACUUGCAUCUCUCAAUCCCAACAUGGACAUCGACGACAUCCUUCGCGAAGUCGACCCCUCCGCAAGCACAGUCGGCUCCUCAACCCGCGACAUCCAACUCCUAACCCGCCUCUGGGUCGCCGAGCGCUCGUCCCCGGAGCUCCUAGAAUGGCCAAGGUCGGGGUUCUUCGAACGCAUGAAUGACCGGAUAAAGCUCCAGAUCGAAAAAGUCGAAGAGAUGACGGGCGACAUGGAUCCGAAGACGAACUUUACUCUUGUGGUGAUACAGACCGAGCUGGAGCGGUACAAGUUUCUCGUGCGAAGUUAUUUACGCGCUCGAAUCGCCAAGAUCGACAAACACACCCUCCACUACCUCUCCACCCCUCCCCUCCGCAACCGCCUCUCCCCCACCGAACUCGCCUACGCAACCCGCCACCAAGCCCUCCUGCACAACCACUACCUCACCUCCUUCCUCUCCGCCUUACCCCCGGCCUUGCGGAACCUCAACGACACGGCUGGAAACGUGGGAAUGGUCGACGCGCCCGACGCCGAGACGGCCGUCUUCGUGCGCCUGCUGAGGGACGCCGAGGUUAGGGGGCGGGGCACGGACGAGGACUCGGUUGUGAGAGGGAGGGAGGGGGAUGUUUUUGUUGUGAGGUGGGAGGGGGUUAGGGGGCUUGUGGAGGAUGGGGUUGCGGAGUUGGUUUAG